AUGGGUAGAGGUUACGAGGCUUCAGCGGCACACCCCCUUUGUUUGUUUGGCGUCGAAGGCAUUCUGAAAGAGGAUUUGAUCUCGUCCGACUUGGCUCUUAGUCUUCUCAGCUCUCAUCUUACAUCAAUGCAGUGUAGUCAAGAUAAAGCUAUCAGGGCAAAGUCUCUCAAGAUUUUACGUCAGUUGGAGAGGCUUGAAGCAGACACCAGUCUAGAUCAGCCACUGAUACCGGAGAGCCAGAUCAUCUUCCAGUCAGUAUUAGAAGCUGCUGAGGCUGAAAUACCAGCAUCCUCGGCUAACACAACUCCAGUAAAAACUGUUCUGCCAAGAGAUGCCUUUUCUUCCUCAGACGGAGCACCAAAAUCAUCUGGAGGAUCUUUGUUCAGUGGUAUGACCAUAGCGACCAGAUCGCCAGUAGCUCCUGGAGGGAAGACCUCAACAGGGAUGUCUUCGAGUUCUGCCAGUAGGCACAAGGAAGCUAAAGAAGGACAUUCAGUAGCUGAUCUGCUAAUAGACACCCAGUUCAUGUCAAAGUCAGACUCGUCAGAAACAAACUUACUCCUUUCUGACACUAAGCCAAGUUCAGUAACAAAUAAUCGAACAGAAGGAGAGUUCACACAGGUAAUGAGUGCACCUGCUGCUUAUAGCUUAAGUAAUGUAAACCCUGCAGCAACACCAGUACACCAGAAAUCUGUUGAUCCAGAGGCAUCUCAGCACAGUAGGAUGGAUCCUAUAAUAUCCAGAGAGGCAGGGUUCGCUGACCUGUGGAACACGGUGUCCCCCAAGGAAGCAUCUUCUGACCCAAAGGCUUCAUCAAACCAAGUUCUCUCACAGCUCAGUACAGCAACGCCACAGGUUGAUAUGCCUUCACAACAUCCUCAUCCUAGCAUGACCUUACAACAGCCAGUCAUGUCAGCACAGCAUAUUUCCCAGAUGUACCCUCAGCUAUCAUCGAUCACCCUGAGUGGGAUGACCUCGACACCGAUCAAUCUUGCCAAAAAACCAACCACGGGGUUUGGAUUUGUUGUGGACAAUGAUGAUGAGAAGCAGAAAGCAGGAGCAAGUAGAGAUGCCUUUAGUUUCAUCCAAGAAGCAAUGAAAAAUAGCAAAUCAUGAUGACUAAUUAAAGAGGAAAUUAACCUCGCAUGUGAUACCCUUACAUGUAGAGACAACUGUAGUGAUUGGCCUCCUAUCAGUUUAGAAUAUAAGCCCCUUAAAAACAGUUUGAACACUCAAGUUGAAUCAAUUAUUUUUAGCUCUCUCGUCGUGGCAUAAUUAAUCAUCACUUGAUUAUUAUCAUUAGAAAUUGUGUCUAUUCCUCUUAAAAAUGACGCCAUAUCUUAACAAUUUUCCAGCCAGAGAGUGAGUAGCACAACAUAAUAUAGGGCGGGGUAAAGAGGUGAUCACUGCAUGGUAUUGGUAUGCAUAGCACUCUUUUUUUCUUUGACACAAGUGUGAUUUUUGUUAAUGACAUUGAAGCUUUUGUUUCCCAACUGGUCAUCCUUGAAUGGCAAAUUCUGAAGAAUCUGAUAUUGAAAUUCAUGCAUUAUGGUGACAUGUCAGGCAAGAUUCAAUUUACUGAUUGGUGAUCAACUUUCUGAGUGUACAAUACAUAUGGGGUGCAGUACCUUUUCGGGUCAAAAUUGUGUAAAUCUGAUAUGAAAAAUCUGGUAUUAAAAAAUGUGCCAGACUCUAUGCGAUAAAGUCACGAAAGCUUGCAGCAAAAAAAAAACCUCAAUCGUAUCAUGGCAAGGGGUAGGGGGUGGAAUCUGCCUCCCUCAUCCCUUUUAGUUUAACAGGGGAAGUCCACCCUGAUAUUUUUUUUGGUUUUGAUAAAAGCAGAAAAAUGAGAGAGGCAAAUUAGUGGAAGUUUGAGCAAAAUUCAAUUAAAAUAGGAAAGUUAUGAAUUUUGAAUUUGUUAUCAGUUACGUAUUUUGCGAGCUCCUCUCCAAUUUUCUCUAUACAGAAAAUUUUAUAAACUUAAUUUCCUUAGAUAUUGGUGACAGAAUGAAUUUUCUCAUAUAGGGGAUGUAUAAAAACGUAUGUGAGAUAAUUUUAUUUAGGGUUAAUGACUGAUUUAAAAUUUUCAUGAGGGAAACUAGACAUUUUUUAAAGUGUUAUAGUACUGGGAAAAUGGGAGGGGAGCUCGCAAAGAUUUGUCACAGAGUUGCCAAUUUUGAUUUGAUUGAUCACACCUUCAAAAAUUCAUAGCAUUCUAAUUUUUAAUCAGUUUUGGCUCAAGCUUUUACUGAGCGGUUUCUCUCAUUUUUCUGCUUUUAUUAAAACCAACUUAAUAACAGGGUAGACUUUCCCUUUAGGUUAGUGUUAAGCAUGUUCACACCCGUAAAAAGAUGAGGGUAAAAAUGCUGUUAGCACCUUGGUCAGUUACAUUUACGUUGUGACCCAAAAAAGCUUUAUGAGAAACCAUUGUUAUUGUUAAUCAGGUAGGCCUAGUUGUAUUUCCAUUCAUCUCUUUCAAGCAUCUCAUUUAUUAUUUGUCUUUCCAAAUGUCUGUUUUUCUGCAAUGUUUGUUUGGUGGGGGGGGGGGGGGGGUUCUUGGUCACAAUGGUUCACGCCUUUCCACAAUAGUAAAUAUCUCUUUUGUGUAUAAAAGCAUGAUUGCCUUUUAACAAGUGCAAUAAAGUAAAUCCAACAUUA